UGUCACUGCGCACAAAACCCCCUAAAAAAAUACUACGAACCUCUCGCCCACUCCAAUUUUUAUAUCCCAAACUCUGCACAACAAAUCAGACCCAAAUUCGGAGCAGAGCUCGAAGAGAGGCCGAAAAUGGCAGCAGCAGCGUCGCCCAUGGCUUCUCUCUACCUCAAAAACACUCACAAUUCACGUCCCCAUUUUCCCCCCAAUUUCCCCAAAUCGAAUUUCGUCCCCUCCCUCCGAUUCGCGCCCAAAUCCAAAACCCUAACCCUAACCGCCGCCCGAAUUUCGGCCUACUUGAUCGAGCCCGACGGCGGGCGGCUCGUCGAGCUUUUCGUGGAGGAUUCCGACAGGGAAUCGAAGAUCCGGCAGGCUUCGAGCCUGCCGGCGGUUAGGCUAUCGCGAAUCGACCGUCAAUGGGUUCACGUGCUCAGCGAGGGUUGGGCGAGUCCGUUGAAAGGUUUUAUGCGCGAAUCUGAGUUCCUCCAAACGCUUCAUUUCAAUUCGAUCCGGCUUGACGACGGCUCACGCGUCAACAUGUCGGUGCCGAUCGUGCUCGCCGUCGACGACGCCGACAAGGAUCGGAUCGGGUCGUCCUCCGGCGUCGCCCUCGUCGACGAGGAAGAUGAGCUCGUCGCUGUGCUAAAUGAUAUCGAGAUUUACAAGCACAACAAGGAAGAAAGGAUCGCCCGAACUUGGGGCACCACCGCCCCGGGGCUGCCGUAUGUCGAGGAAACGAUUACGGGCGCCGGAAACUGGCUUAUCGGCGGCGAUUUACAGGUCAUAAAUCCGAUCAAAUACAACGACGGAUUGGACCGUUUCCGUCUCUCCCCGGCGCAGCUCCGCGACGAGUUCAAGAGACGCAACGCGGAUGCGGUGUUCGCUUUUCAGCUCCGGAAUCCGGUGCACAACGGGCACGCCCUCUUGAUGACGGACACCCGUCGACGUCUUCUCGAGAUGGGUUUCAAGAAUCCCGUCCUCUUGCUGCACCCUUUGGGAGGUUACACGAAGGCGGAUGACGUCCCGCUUAGCUGGCGAAUGAAGCAACACGAGAAGGUUCUUGAAGACGGGGUCCUUGAUCCGGAGACAACGGUCGUCUCGAUAUUCCCGUCGCCGAUGCACUAUGCCGGCCCGACCGAGGUGCAAUGGCAUGCGAAAGCGAGAAUCAAUGCGGGCGCGAAUUUUUACAUCGUUGGACGGGAUCCCGCCGGCAUGAGCCACCCGAUCGAGAAACGAGAUUUGUAUGAUGCCGACCACGGGAAGAAGGUUUUGAGCAUGGCUCCCGGUUUGGAACGCCUCAACAUUCUCCCCUUCAAGGUGGCGGCGUACGACAAGACUCAGGGCAAGAUGGCGUUCUUCGACCCGUCGAGGCCGCAAGAUUUCGUGUUCAUAUCCGGUACCAAGAUGCGAACCCUCGCCAAGAACGGGGAAAAUCCUCCCGACGGAUUCAUGUGUCCCGGCGGGUGGGAAGUCUUGGUGGAAUACUACAGCAGCCUGGCGGCGCCGGCGGAGAAUGGCCGGGUCGCGGAUCCGAUACCGGUGUGAAAAUGGUUGUCGGGUUUGGGUGUGAAUUUGGGUUGGGAGAGACACUAAUAAUUCUCCAUAUAUAUAUAUAUAUAUGUGUAUAUAUAUGAUUUGCUGAAUAAGACAGGCAAGAACACAAAUUUCUCAGCACAUUUGUAAAAUAUGUCAGCAGGAAAAUGAUGAUGGAAGAGUCUCAUGGCAGUCUGUGUUGUAAGAUAUUUGGGAUUCUUGUAUUGUGUUCUUUAAGCACAAAGUUCUGUUUUAUUGCAUGGGAUUGUAAGUUUGAUUGA